AUGGCUCCAGCGUGGGUCCUGGUGCUGGUGACCGUGGUGCUGGGCUUGGCCCGAGCGGGCCCUGUCCCUACUUCCAAACCCACCACAACCAGGAGGGGCUGCCACAUGGACAGGUUCCUGUCUCUGUCACCGAGGGAGCUAGAAGCCUUCAAGAAGGCCAAGGAUGCCUUAGAAGAGUCACUCUCACUGAAGAACUGGAGCUGCAGCUCUCGCCUCUUCCCUAAGGCCUGGGACCUGAGACUACUGCAGGCCUGGGAGCGCCCCGUAGCCUUGGAGGCUGAGCUGGACUUGACGCUGAAGGUCCUGGGCGACAUGGCUGACUCGUCCCUGGGGGCCGUCCUGGACCAGCCCCUCCGCAUGCUGCGCCACAUCCAAGCCGAGCUCCAGGCUUGCGCCCUGGCUCAGCCCACAGCAGGACCCAGACCCCGUGGCCGCCUCCACCACUGGCUGCACCGGCUCCAGAAGGCCCCAAAGGAGUCCCAGGGCUGCCUCGAGGCCUCCAUCACCUUCAACCUCUUCCGCCUCCUCACCCAGGACCUGAAAUGUGUCGCCAGUGGAGACCUGUGCGUCUGAGAACCCGGACCCGCCCUCAGCCCACGUGGGACCCAGACCUUAUGAAUGCACCAAACCUCACCCCUGCCUUAAGUUAUUUCCUUUCAAUCCCUUAU